AUGUGUGCUGCCCUCGUAAGUUUCAUACCGCGCUCCACAUCUCGGGGCUCGGAACGCGUCGCCGCCGUCCUCAGCAGCACGGUACAGGCGAGCGCUGCGCAGCGGCGCCAGCACUUUGGCGCAGUGCCCCAGCUGCAGGAGCAGGAGUUGCGCACCGUUUCCAGACUGCGCUUCACAGGCGCGCUCGGCGAGCAGCCCAAAGAUCGCCAAGCUGGCGGCUCUGGCAGCAGAGAUUUUCUGCAGGGCCCCGAGCCCGGCUACACCAGCAGGCGGCUGUCAGGCGUCGGGGCCGACCAACGCCCACGCGCGAAAGCUCACUGUUGGUUCGCUGUCUGGGAUCAGCGUGGACUUCUGGAAACUGAAAAGCCGCGUGGGCCGAAAGAUUAG